ACAGCACAUACUUCUCUUCGAGUCAACUGCUCCCAGAUAGAUCCAAGACAUGAGACUGUCAGCAAGAAUUAUUUGGCUUAUAUUAUGGACUGUUUGUGUAGCAGAAGAUUGUAAAGGUCCUCCUCCAAGAGAAAAUUCAGAAAUUCUCUCAGGUUCGUGGUCUGAACAACUAUAUUCAGAAGGCACUCAGGCAACCUACAAAUGCCGCCCUGGAUACCGAACACUUGGUACUAUUGUAAAAGUAUGCAAGAAUGGAGAAUGGGUACCUUCUAACCCAUCAAGGAUAUGUCGGAAAAGGCCAUGUGGGCAUCCCGGAGACACACCCUUUGGGUCCUUUAGGCUGGCAGUUGGAUCUGAAUUUGAAUUUGGUGCAAAGGUUGUUUAUACAUGUGAUGAAGGGUACCAACUCUUAGGUGAAAUUGAUUACCGUGAAUGUGAUGCAGAUGGGUGGACCAAUGAUAUUCCAAUAUGUGAAGUUGUGAAGUGCUUGCCAGUGACAGAACUGGAGAAUGGAAGAAUUGUGAGUGGUGCAGCCGAACCAGACCAGGAAUAUUAUUUUGGACAGGUGGUACGCUUUGAAUGCAACUCCGGCUUCAAGAUUGAAGGACAGAAAGAAAUGCACUGCUCAGAAAAUGGCCUCUGGAGCAAUGAAAAGCCACAGUGUGUGGAAAUUUCUUGCCUGCCACCACGAGUUGAAAAUGGAGAUGGUAUAUAUCUGAAACCAGUUUACAAGGAGAAUGAAAGAUUCCAAUAUAAAUGUAAGCAAGGUUUUGUGUACAAAGAAAGAGGGGAUGCUGUCUGCACGGGUUCUGGAUGGAAUCCUCAGCCUUCCUGUGAAGAAAUGACAUGUUUGACUCCAUAUAUUCCAAAUGGUAUCUACACACCUCACAGGAUUAAACACAGAAUUGAUGAUGAAAUCAGAUAUGAAUGUAAAAAUGGCUUCUAUCCUGCAACCCGAUCACCUGUUUCAAAGUGUACAAUUACUGGCUGGAUCCCUGCUCCAAGAUGUAGCUUGAAACCUUGUGAUUUUCCACAAUUCAAACAUGGACGUCUGUAUUAUGAAGAAAGCCGGAGACCCUACUUCCCAGUACCUAUAGGAAAGGAGUACAGCUAUUACUGUGACAACGGGUUUACAACGCCUUCACAGUCAUACUGGGACUACCUUCGUUGCACAGUAAAUGGGUGGGAGCCUGAAGUUCCAUGCCUCAGGCAAUGUAUUUUCCAUUAUGUGGAAUAUGGAGAAUCUUUAUACUGGCAAAGAAGAUAUAUAGAGGGUCAGUCUGCAAAAGUCCAGUGUCACAGUGGCUAUAGUCUUCCAAAUGGUCAAGAUACAAUAUUAUGUACAGAAAAUGGCUGGUCCCCUCCUCCCAAAUGCGUCCGUAUCAAGACUUGUUCAGUAUCAGAUAUAGAAAUUGAAAAUGGGUUUUUUUCUGAAUCUGAUUAUACAUAUGCUCUAAAUAGAAAAACACGGUAUAGAUGUAAACAGGGAUAUGUAACAAAUACCGGAGAAAUAUCAGGAAUAAUUACUUGUCUUCAAGAUGGAUGGUCACCUCGACCCUCAUGCAUUAAGUCUUGUGAUAUGCCUGUAUUUGAGAAUGCUAUGACUAAGAAUAAUAACACAUGGUUUAAACUCAAUGACAAAUUAGACUAUGAAUGUCACAUUGGAUAUGAAAAUGAAUAUAAACAUACCAAAGGCUCUAUAACAUGUACUUAUGAUGGAUGGUCUAGUACACCCUCCUGUUAUGAAAGAGAAUGCAGCAUUCCCCUGUUACACCAAGACUUAGUUGUUUUUCCCAGAGAAGUAAAAUACAAAGUUGGAGAUUCGUUGAGUUUCUCUUGCCGUUCAGGACACAGAGUUGGAGCAGAUUUAGUGCAAUGCUACCACUUUGGAUGGUCCCCUAAUUUCCCAACGUGUGAAGGCCAAGUAAAAUCAUGUGACCAACCUCUUGAAAUCCCGAAUGGGGAAAUAAAGGGAACAAAAAAAGUUGAAUACAGCCAUGGUGACGUGGUGGAAUAUGAUUGCAAACCUAGAUUUCUACUGAAGGGACCCAAUAAAAUCCAGUGUGUUGACGGGAAGUGGACAACCUUGCCGAUAUGCGUUGAGUAUGAGAGAACAUGUGGAGACCUUCCUGCACUUGAGCAUGGCUCUGUCCAGUUAUCUGUCCCUCCCUACCACCACGGAGAUUCAGUGGAGUUCACUUGUGCAGAAACCUUCACAAUGAUUGGGCAUGCAGUAGUUUUCUGCAUUAGUGGAAGGUGGACCGAGCUUCCUCAAUGUGUUGCAACAGAUCAACUGGAGAAGUGUAAAGCCCCGAAGUCAACUGGCAUAGAUGCAAUUCAUCCAAAUAAGAAUGAAUUUAAUCAUAACUUUAGUGUGAGUUACAGAUGUAGACAAAAGCAGGAGUAUGAACAUUCAAUCUGCAUCAAUGGAAGAUGGGAUCCUGAACCAAACUGUACAAGAAAUGAGAAAAGAUUCUGCCCUCCUCCCCCACAGAUUCCAAAUGCCCAAGUGAUUGAAACCACAGUGAAAUACUUGGAUGGAGAGAAAGUAUCUGUUCUUUGCCAAGAUGGUUACCUAACUCAGGGCCCAGAAGAAAUGGUGUGUAAACAUGGAAGGUGGCAGUCGUUACCACGCUGCACGGAAAAAAUUCCAUGUUCCCAGCCCCCUAAAAUUGAACAUGGAUCUAUUAAGUCGCCCAGGUCCUCAGAAGAGAGAGAUUUAAUUGAGUCCAGCAGUUAUGAACACGGAACUACAUUCAGCUAUGUCUGUGAUGAUGGAUUCAGGAUAUCUGAAGAAAAUAGGGUAACCUGCAACAUGGGAAAAUGGAGCUCUCUGCCUCGUUGUGUUGGAAUACCUUGUGGACCCCCACCUUCAAUUCCUCUUGGUAUUGUUUCUCAUGAACUAGAAAGUUACCAAUAUGGAGAGGAGGUUACAUACAAUUGUUCUGAAGGCUUUGGAAUUGAUGGACCAGCAUUUAUUAAAUGUGUAGGAGGACAGUGGUCUGAACCACCCAAAUGCAUAAAAACUGAUUGUGACAACUUGCCCACAUUUGAAAUUGCCAAACCGACAGAAAAGAAAAAAAAAUCAUACAGGUCAGGAGAACAAGUGACAUUCAGAUGUCCACCUCCGUAUCGAAUGGAUGGCUCUGACAUUGUCACAUGUGUUAAUACGAAGUGGAUUGGACAGCCGGUAUGCAAAGAUAAUUCCUGUGUGAAUCCACCACAUGUGCCAAAUGCUACUAUACUAACAAGGCACAAGACUAAAUAUCCAUCUGGUGACAAAGUACGUUAUGACUGUAAUAAACCUUUUGAAUUAUUUGGGGAAGUGGAAGUGAUGUGCCAAAACGGGAUUUGGACAGAACCACCGAAAUGCAAAGAUUCAACAGGGAAAUGUGGGCCUCCUCCACCUAUUGACAAUGGAGACAUCACCUCCUUGUCAUUACCAGUAUAUGCACCAUUAUCAUCAGUUGAAUAUCAAUGCCAGAACUAUUAUCUACUUAAGGGAAAUAAGAUAGUAACAUGUAGAAAUGGAAAGUGGUCUCAGCCACCAACCUGCUUACAUGCAUGUGUGAUACCAGAAGAUAUUAUGGAAAAACAUAAUAUAGUUCUCAGAUGGAGGGAAAAUGCAAAGAUUUAUUCCCAAUCAGGGGAGAAUAUUGAAUUCAUGUGUAAACCUGGAUAUAGAAAAUUCAGAGGAUCACCUCCGUUUCGUACAAAGUGCAUUGAGGGUCACAUCAAUUAUCCCACUUGUGUAUAAAAUCGCUAUACAAUUAUUAGUAAACCUUAUGGAUGAACCUUUGUUUAGAAAUGCACAUGUAUAUUACUAAUACAGUUUGAAUUUACAUUUGAAAUAUUGUUUAGCUCAUUUCUUCUAAUAAGUAUAUAAACUUUUUUUAUAUGGUGGUUAAUCAGUAACUUUACAGACUGUUGCCACAAAGCAAGAACAUUGCAUUCAAAACUCCUAAUCCAAAAUAUGAUAUGUCCAAGGACAAACUAUGUCUAAGCAAGAAAAUAAAUGUUAGUUCUUCAAUGUCUGUUUUUAUUCAGGACUUUUCAGAUUUUCUUGGAUACCUUUUGUUGUUAGGUUCUGAUUCACAGUGAGUGGAAGACACACUGACUCUGACUUCAAAUUAGUAUUACUUGCCAAUACAUAACAACCAAACUAUCAUAAUAUCACAAAUGUAUACAGCUAAUUACUGUGUCCUACCUUUGUAUCAAUAAAGAAAUCUAAGAAAGUUCUUGCUUAUGAA